CAGGUCAGCGACCAAUCGGCGUUGAGGAGCCGCGGGGCCGCGUUCCGAGCGGCCGGAGCGGCCAGAGGGCUUGCUGCGCGGCGCAGCGCGGCGGGGAGGUUUUGGUAUGAACAGGAUUCGGAUUCACGUCUUGCCAACGAAUCGGGGGAGGCUCACCCCAGUGCCCAGGUCCCAGGAGCCCCUUUCCUGUUCGUUCGCUCACCGCCCAUGCUCCCAGCCGCGCCUGGAGGGCCAGGAGUUCUGCAUCAAGCAUAUUCUGGAAGACAAGAAUGCGCCCUUCAAACAGUGUAGUUACAUAUCCACCAAGAACGGGAAGAGGUGCCCCAGCGCUGCCCCAAAGCCCGAGAAGAAAGAUGGGGUGUCUUUUUGUGCUGAACAUGCCCGAAGGAAUGCCCUGGCACUUCAUGCCCAAAUGAAGAAGAGCAGCCCAGGCCCUGUGGGUGAAGCCCUCUUGUGCCAGUUGAGCUCAUAUGCUAAAACGGAGCUAGGCUCUCAGACCCCAGAGAGCAGCCGCAGUGAAGCAAGCCGGAUACUGGAUGAAGACAGCUGGAGUGAUGGGGACCAGGAACCCAUUACUGUGGAUCAGACAUGGAGAGGUGACCCUGACAGUGAAGCUGAUAGCAUAGACAGUGAUCAAGAAGAUCCCCUAAAACAUGCUGGUGUCUACACAGCUGAAGAAGUGGCUCUUAUUAUGAGAGAAAAGCUGAUUCGUUUGCAGUCUUUGUACAUCGAUCAGUUUAAACGACUACAGCACCUGCUCAAAGAGAAGAAGCGCCGCUAUUUACAUAAUCGGAAAGUGGAGCAUGAAACUUUAGGCGAUAGUCUCCUGACUGGCCCAGAGGGACUUUUGGCCAAAGAAAGAGAAAAUUUAAAGCGACUGAAAUGUCUUAGGCGAUACCGUCAACGCUAUGGUGUAGAAGCCUUACUACACAGGCAGCUGAAGGAACGCAGAAUGUUGGUCACGGAUGGGGCUGCUCAACAGGCUCACACCACUCGUUCCAGUCAGAGGUGCUUAGCCUUUGUGGAUGAUGUUCGCUGCUCCAAUCAGUCUCUUCCAAUGACCAGGCACUGCCUUACCCAUAUCUGUCAGGAUACAAACCAGGUUCUCUUCAAAUGCUGCCAGGGGUCUGAAGAGGUACCUUGCAACAAAGCAGUUCCUGUAAGCCUUUCUGAGGACCCCUGCUGCCCACUGCAUUUCCAGUUGCCUCCUCAGAUGUAUAAGCCCGAGCAGGUACUGUCUGUGCCAGACGGUCUGGAAGCCGGCCCCAUGGAUCUGUACUUGAGUGCUGCUGAGCUUCAGCCCACUGAGAGUUUACCUCUGGAGUUCAGUGAUGACUUGGAUGUUGUAGGUGAUGGCAUGCCAUGCCCUCCGUCGCCCUUGCUUUUUGAUCCUUCACUAACUCUUGAAGAUCCUUCAGUCAGAGAAGUUGCCGGAGGCCCCGGACACGUGCAGGUGGCUGGAGAUGGGUGUAGGUCCCAGGGAUCUCGAAAUGUAGACAGAGCCUGUGCACCAUUCCCUCAGCGAGGACUGGCUGCUGCAAAUGGAGAACCAGAGCCUAGUUCUACCAGUUGACAGUGCAUUCUAGGAAUUGUUUGCCUUUGGAUGUGAACUUCCCAUUCUUCAGACACAUCUCUCUGAUCAUCUCUCACUGAACAGGGACAACCCAGACUACAUUGUUUUCUUCGGGGCUGUAGAGUGCUAUAGACAAAUAUAAACCAAACUUGUGCGGAACGGAUCUCUAGUAUUUAAAAGUUUAAGGGAUUCUUUGCAAGGAAGAGAGGUAAUUUCUGCCGUCAGGAUGAAUUGCAUAUUGGAGACUGCCUGGGAAAGAAACACUUUUGUAACGGGAUCUCCAGAGCCCUGGACAGAAAUCCACAUGGAUGUGUAGGUGGGGCUAUGUCAGGAAUGGUGUUCUUGAGGUGUUGGCUGUUAGUGUCAGGCUAGCUGUAUCUAAAGGCCUUUGUUUAAGCCUUUCCUCCGCUCCACAUACUUGGGCAAUAUAAAACCCUGACUGAGAAAAGCAGCUCACAGAUCUGGCUCUCCUUAAUUAUUCUUGCUUUUAAUUUAUGUACAUUUCUGUGGUGGAUCCUCCAUGUAAAAUAUAGUAAAAUUAUUGUAUAUAGUUUCUAUUAAAUGUUAAAAUGUUAUGGAAAUGUAAAGUAGUCUGAAUUGAUCGUGUUUUCUUUGCAUUUGAGUUUAUAUUUUCUGGGACUUCUAGUGCAAUCUGAUGGGAAGAGGAAAUGGGAAGGGAACAGACUAUAGCUCAGGACAGGCAUUCCUGGAGAGGCCGCACUCAGUACUUAGUUCCAGGGCCACAUAAACUUGUGUUCAUUGAAGAGUUAGUUCAGUAGGGGGCUCAAGAUUGGCACGGAGCCUAUUAAAGAGAAAGAUUUAAGCCUGUCCUUGAGGUAGACAAUUGUCGCUUCACUGUCUGGGCAUGACGUUCUUCCCUGCAAGAAUGUCUACAGCCCAGGCCCCUUUCAGGUGCUUUAGUUACUUCUCUGUUGAUUAUGGCUAAGGCUUACGGUUCCAGAGGGUAAGAGUCAGUGCAUCGGGGUAGGAAGGCCUGCUGGUCAGGAAGCUGGGAGCUCACAUCCUUAAGUACAAGCAUGUGAAACCGCAAACUGUAAGUAGUACAGGUUUUAAUCUCAGCCCCCGUCAGUAAGUCUACGUCUCCUAAAACUCCCCAAACUGCUACCAGCUGGGCACCAAGUGCCAGAGACUGGUGGGCAUUUCUCAGUCACAUUAGGUUUGGCUAGUGGAAAGCCCAGAACCACAGGACUGGACCAGAGAUUCUUAGAAGGGGAGCUGACGAAAACAGCAGUGAUAGCAGGCUAGGGGGCACCUGUUAGAGCCAGGCCAAACUGUAAUCCCACCUCACGGAGACAAACGGAGGCCCCAGAGCAGUGCCCCUGGAUGGCACGGUUGGAUGGCUCCUGGGGCAUGUAGAUACAGAGGAUUAGGUGUUGGCUGUACCCAGCGCUGCCUUUUUGACAGCCAGAUACAAGUGCCAAGGUCUUUGUGCUGUAUUGGACCUUGCUAGUAUUCCUUUAUUAGUAUCCUCUGAGCUGCCCAAGGAAUCAGGAAGUAAAUGAAACUUAGAGAUCUCAGCAAGUUCCUGAAACCUGUAAGGUUCACAAGUCCCACCAUCCCAAAGAUACAUAAGCAGUAAUUUCUGGGGGAGAGUUGACUCUAAACCUGCGAACCAGCGAACUGCAAACCAGCUCUGGCAUGGAACUCAGAGCUGGGAACUCCAGGAAUGCGAUGUUUGUGAAUUGUCACCAUUUUGGGGGGUGGGGAAGGUGUACCUGUUUUCAGUGCUGUGCCUGCCUUUAGUCAUCCAUGCUCCUGUGAGUAAACCAAUAAACAGCAGUUGACUGAA